GCAGCGGGAGCACGCCUCCGUGAGCAGGCGCCCCGUUCCCCCUGCGCCGUGACGUCACCCCGCCACCUGCCAUCGCUCUACGCGGUGCCCGGAAGCGUCCGACCGGACAACGUAGCUGAUGGAGAAAGGUUCCGCGAAAGGUUUAGUUCCGGGGGCUCCUCCGCAUAAACGGCGGCCGCCGCCACCGCCUCGGCUGCAACGAUGAUCCCGAUCCCGGUGGUGGUGUGCGUGCUGGGGGGCUGGUGCGCCAUCUACCUGGUGGAUACGCUGCUCAAGUCAUCCAAUACUCUGAAGGCAUCUUAUGAAGACUGGCUGCUGACAUACGGCUUGAGCAUCUCUCCUUUUCGCUUGCGAUGGCAAACAGCUCUCUUCAACCGCCAGUUUUACAAUUGGGGAAGAUGGAAACCCAGAUUUCUGUAUUUAUGGUUCAGCAUAGGAAUGGUGUUUGGUAUAGUUGCCAUGUUUGGCUCUGUUGUUCUUCUUGGAAAGACACUGAUGCAAACACUGACACAGAUGCUCACCGAGGCACCGAAAGCCCAGAAUGAUCGUAUGCUGCAAGUUGUGGUGCCUGGUGUAAAUUUGCCUGUCAGCCAGCUGACCUAUUUCUUCUCUGCAACCCUCAUCAGUGGUGUGAUACAUGAAGUCGGCCAUGGGGUGGCAGCUAUUCGAGAACAAGUACGAUUUAAUGGAUUUGGGAUUUUUAUCUUCGUUGUCUAUCCUGGAGCAUUUGUUGAGCUCUUCACAACCCACUUGCAACUGAUAUCUCCAGUCCAGCAAUUAAGGAUAUUUUGUGCAGGAGUGUGGCAUAAUUUUGUUCUUGGUGUUGCAAGUUUCAUGGUUUUGUUUCUGCUGCCAGCCAUUCUUUUCCCUUUCUAUUACACGGGUGUUGGGGCACUUGUCACUGAGGUUGCAGAGGAUUCUCCUGCCAAUGGACCAAGAGGUCUUUUUGUGGGAGACCUUGUCACUAACCUACAGGACUGCCCAGUUUAUAACGUGGAAGACUGGAAUUCAUGUCUGGGAGAUAUUUCAGAGAAGUCACAGGUCGGCUACUGUGUAAGUGCAGCCACCCUACAACAAUUAAGCUUUCCAGCUAGAGUGUAUAGAAGACUCGAUGGCACAGUUGAAUGUUGUAGUAACAAUAGCCUCACAGAUAUUUGCUUUUCAUAUAGCAAUAACUUGGACAGCCAACUGUAUGCCUGUCUGCCAGCACGAAAAGUUAUUGAAGCCAGCAAAGUUUGUCGAACCAACAUGGACUGCCAGAAAGACUUUGUUCCUAGUUUUUGUGUGACUCCUUCUUUAGAGAACCAGACAAGGCUAAUCAGGGUAAAACAUCCACCCCAUAUUGACAUGCUAUAUGUAGGACACCCCAUGCAUCUUCAGUAUACAGUAAGUCUCAGCAGUUUUGUACCACGACAAAACUUUCUAAGCAUCGAUCUGCCUGUGGUGUUAGAGACAUUUUGCAAGUGCCUCAUUUCAUUGUCUGGAGCACUGGCAGUUAUCAAUGCUGUACCCUGCUUUGCUUUGGAUGGUCAAUGGAUAUUAAAUUCGUUCCUGGAAGCCACUCUGAGCUCCCUGAUUGUAGAGAAACAAAACAGAGAGCUUCUUGGCUUUUUAAUUUUGCUUGCUGGUAGUGCACUUUUAGCUGCCAAUGUUGCACUGGGACUUUGGAUGGUGACAGCGCGAUAGAACAUUGGAUACGUUUCCAUCAGUUCUCAAAGUACACAGAAAUAAUGAAUCCAUUACCUUUUAAAAUUUGUUCAGUGCUGAGGUUGAAAUAAUUCCCUUAAAAUGACACUGAAAGAACAAUGAGUGGUGGCUGCUGUUUUAAUUUAAAGCUAUACAACCUUGUGCCUGUCGUCAUGAGAAAUCUAAUAGAAAGAAGUAUGAACCUUUUUAUAUACCUUUUUGAGCACUGUGCUAAUUUUGAAGAGAUUGCAUUGUAAAGUUUCACAGGAAAAAGCCUAAGAAUUAAUUCAGAUCUCAAAGUAAGGGAAUUAUUUGGCCUCAAACAUUUGUAAAGUGGGAUUAAAAAACACUUAGGUUUUACUUUACAAUUUGAAUAAUUGUCAGAAAAUCGGUGUGGUCUCUGAUCAUUUCUCAGUCAGGAUAGUCUUAAGUGUCUUGGUUUGGUUUUUUUCCUAUGUGGUAUUUUACCAAACUGGACUCUAAGAAGCCCUAAAGUCUGAUCUCAAAAUGGUGGAAAGCUCAGUAAUUGCUUACCACGUGGUAAUGAGAAGAGAAAGGCCAUAUGGGUUAGCAUCUUUCCUUUUCAGCUGGCCAAAAUGACUGGAAGCAUGUUGUCCUCAGGAUGUAGAUGAGAAGCAUCAGCAUCUGUUAAGAAUGAAGCAUGUGGGAGGAUAACAAAGCCCACAUGUCUGUGUUUCUUACAAAUUCAGUUGUAUAUUAUCAUACACAGCUGAAGAUUUUUUAAAGGCAAUAUUUGUCAGCAAUAGCUACAAAAUAACCGGAAUUUAGUUUCUGUGCUGAAGUAUUCUGUGUGCAGUUAUUCCUAAGUGAUAAGUAAUGUUUGUGGUGUUUACUCAGAAAAAUAAUAGUUAUUAUUAAACAAUACCUGUUUACAGUUAAAAGUGAAACCUGUUGUUUUUAUGGUGUCUAUCUUCUGAUGGUAUGCAUGUAAUAUGUACAGUAACUCACUGAUGGUUUUCUGUCUUUCAAAGGGUUGUUUUCCUUUGUUAGGAUUCAUUCUGUUCAAAGAUAGCUAACAAAGAUGUCUAGCUGAAUCUGGUCUUGGACCACAAUAUUUUAGAGGAAGAACAUGAUUAUGAAUUGAACUAUUUAAAGGUUUGGCUUUGUUUUCUGAAAUGAAUACAGACCAUAUCCUCCUUCUUAAAUGAACAGUGGUAGAACAGUCAGUAUUUUGCUAAGUAUGUCUGACAUACUUUGAAGCUUUAAAGUCUGAAAUAUUUUGUACCCAAUAGAAUUAUGUGUUGACCGUUGUGUCCUCCUGUGAUAUAUUGUCUCAUUUAUAUAAAUCAGGUACAAUCAGAGCUUGCCUCAAUAUAGUCACAAUAAAAAAAAAAGGGGGGGGGGCACGCAAAAAAGCUCUAGUUUGGGAGCCUAAAUAUUUGAAAUAGGAAAAUUUUGAAAAAUACUCUGCAACUUCUGCCUCGUACAGUGUCCGUAUAGAAGCCACUACUGCUCAGAGUUCCUUUACAGAAAUGGCCUUUCCAUCAGGAACUGAAGUGGAAGCUAAGCUCAUGAAUACUGGCCUGCAGGGAGUACUGAAGCAUUCAUGACCAGCUAACAUAGAUGCUCUUGCCACUGGAGAUAAAAGCUUGGGUUAUUUUAAAAGUGGGGUUGAGCUCAGUUCCUGGUGGUACUGCACAGAUUUGUAACUAUAAUGUUUGCAUUUGCCUGCUGAUGUGCUACUGUAUUUUUGCAUAGUAGCCUUCACACUUAAGGUGUAUUCUUUUCUUAAGAUGAUGCAAGCAGUAAUGAGAGAGCAAGUUUGUUUGUUGUUAUGUUACUUUACUUACCUGUCCGGUGCUGUCACAGGCUGGGUGGUCCUCUUGAAGUUCACCUCUGUGAGGUGGCAGGCCCAUGCCUCUCAUUUUCAGUCAUUUCAACCCAGGCACGGCGGCACAGAUCCCAGUUAGAGUAAAUUCUCCAGCCAGUCCAGCAUGAGUUGGUCCCUUUGGGGACUGUUAAAGGUCACACAAAGUGCAAGAAAGGAAACACAAACUAUCAGAAACUGCCAGCAGGCUUCUCUUUCUUUCAGGGACACCAUGAAAGUCUAACUCAUCAUCAUUCCUGGAAACAUAUAUGGGUUUCAGGGUAGCAGUUCUGAUGGGCCUCUCUGCCAUGUCUCUGCAGACAGGAGGAAUAGGAGCAGCCUGGCUCUGAGGCUAUGUUCCAGAAGCCUGCUCACUCACCUAAGUGGCUGUUUACUAACCUGAGCUCUUUUUUUCCAUGGCUCUGUGCCACUUUGUCUCAGUGUCUUAUCCAAUUUACAGUGCACAAAAUUAAUUUGCACUUAGGAGUUUUAGUGCAAUUUAGUCAGACAGGGUAUUUACUUUUCAAAACAACUACUAUUUAUGUAUCAGAGUUGCAGUGCUGUCUUAUUAUCUGAAGCAACAACAAAUGCAUCUGUGGUGAUUUUGAAAAUAUUCCAUGGAAAACAUUUCAAAUUUGAUACUUUAUAUCUUUAUUCAUGAUUACUACAGCUGCUUAGGAGAACCUUUUAGCAUAGUACCCCUCCUGGAAAUGUAGGCAAGAGAUUUAAAAAACAAAGUUUCUGAAUUAACUUACAGAAGUUACAUCUGCUAUAAUGAGGCUGGCAGUUUGUUCCUGGUUAUUUAAUGUGCUACCAAAACAUGAUGUUUUAUCAAAGGAAACUAAAUCCAGUCCAUUUUAAUUUACACAAUCACUGAAAGCCACAGUUCUACUAAGUAGAACUUCAGUCUUGUGUUUUCACCUCGUAAUCAAAGAGGGUAGAGAAGACACCGGUCAUGGUUUUAGCAAAACACACUAGUACACUGUAAUGACUCUGGUUAUCUUAUGCACGCGAGAGAGUACUAGAAGUGUUUAAAAAUAAUUCCUGAGUCCAUUUCUCCAUGUGCUGGAGUUUACUAAAUAAGGGUUGAUUUAGAUAUGUACAGGUGCUUUGAAUGAAGACUUUAAACAAACUGGGUAUGAAUGGUGACCCAGCACACUUUAGAUUACCUAUGGGCAAAGGUAAUAGUGAAGUUGGACCACUCUGAAAAAACAGUUGUUCAGUGGAUCCAUUUCAUUCUCCUAUAAUCCUAACAUGGAUUACAUUCUGAUAAGCACAUACCAUACAUACAGCUACUGGGAGCAGUUUUGCUGGGUUCUUGUUUGUUUAGCGAGAGAGAACACAGAAGGACACAGUGGUUUUUGUGUGUUGGAUUUUUACUUUGGAGUAUUUGCAAUGUUUCUUCUGUUUUUGUAAAAAUUGAAAGGAAGCCUUUCAUUAAAAUGAAAUCUUUCCACAUCUCAUUCUAAUUAGCCCCUCAGCAAGUAAUGUAUUCUUUAAUACAGAAUCCAUCAAUAUAAUUAUAGGGCAUAUUGGCUGAGUAUAAAACAGAACACUCUUAAAGAUUGGAUGGAUACUACUAUGUAUGUAUAUACUAUGCAUUUUAAAUCUGUAUCAGAUGGAAAAAAUAAUGUCUAACAUUGGGAACUGUUAUAUGUAGCUCUUACUUGAAAAUUGCCAGAAGAAUUUCAUUAUUAUAAUCAGUCAUUGUUCUGACUUGGUUUUUUAUGAGAUUUUUUUUUAUAUCAGCAACGACUUCUGCAGCAUGUUUUGAUAAUGCAUGAUAUGAGAUGAAAAUGGCUAAAUUAUUAGCAUGUGGGAUGUUGCACACUCUGCUAAGUUAAGAAAUUAAAACCAGCUUGCUUCUGUACAAGUUAAAUGAAGAAUCUUCACUAGGAAAGGUAUAGGUGAACUUGCAGAUUUGUCAGCCCAAAUUUAUGAACCAUGGUGGAAAAUCUGUUAUCCUUUUUAUCUACAAUGAAACAGACGACUGUAUUGAGAGUCAUUUUUUUUCAGUGAUGACAAUUCUGUGUUUGUGUAUAUGUGUGCGUACACAUGUACACAUACAUAUAAUAGAUAUAUACACAACCACAGUCUAUACUGCUGCUUUUUUUAGGCAUAACUUACAGCAGUCCUCUAUAAUGUGCAGUGUAGGCUAUUUUUUUUUAUUUCCUUCUCUCUAUGAAUUCCAUGGCUUUCUUUGAAUUUUAAAAUUGCAUCUAUGUUUUUCUCCCAUAACUGAGCUAACGUAUUUAUUACCGGAAAAUGAGUGAUGGACAUAAUGUAACCACAGCUGCAUGAGUUUUGUUCAGCUGGUGUUUAAAAUGUGUUUCUUGCUUUCUGUGAGGCCUCAGCUAUAAGUAUAAUAAACACAGAUUUUCCAGGGUAACUAAAAGAGGUCAACCUUAGAAUCCAUCACUCUAAAUGCUGCUGUCUGUGCUGUUCUGAAUGAUAACUGGCAUGAGUGAGACUAGGUAGAGUAUACUGAAAAAUAAUGUUAUCAGGACAGACAUCCCCAUGGCAGUCAGGGUGUUUCAGCUUUCUUGAAAUAAGGGUAUAUUUUUGUUCAGUUUAGCAUAUCAACAAUUCAAGUUCUCCCAGUAGUUUCUUAUAUAUAUUUACACAACGGCAAAGGGUGACCUGUAGCAAAUAUUUUUCUAAAUAAAUUCUGUGUCUUCUCUCUGAAAGAUUUAAUUUGGAUAUCAUUUGUGGCAGAUGAAGGGUUAUAAAGGUUUUUAUUGCAUCACCUGUAUUCAGUUGUUUUAAAAAGAUGUAAAUUAAACUCUAGAAAUAAAUAGUUAUUUAUAUAUUCUAUACACCUGCAUUCAGACCAGUUUCCACAACCAGUCUUGCCUCAGCUUUUUUCUUGUGACCUUGUGAGUAAGGAAGCUGAAUCUAACUCAGGUAAGAUCCAAUAUUAGUUAUUUUCUACUCUCUUGAUUCUGAAUUUCAUGUAACAGUACCUAUAGAUUAGUUAUUUAAUGUGGCUGAGUUAUCUGUGAUACAUAUCCUGUACUAAUGCAGUAUUUGGGAAGCAUUGUACUAGAGACUGCCAGAAAACAGCAGCUCUGUGACUCUUUCUUGUUCCUUGGACUCGUCCACUACGAUCAUGUGAAGAGCAGAUGGCAGCGACUAAGGGCAGUGAAGAACCUGUUUAUGGCAGCUUUAUGAAACCUUCGCACUGCUGACCUAGUGUGAAAGGACAGGAACAAAGAGCAGGAUAUGACACUGCAAUUCCAUUCAUUCCAUUUACAUUGGCAUGAAAAGUGAAAAGAACUUGUAAUUAACAUUUUGGAGCAUGCAGAUAUGUUUUCCAGCCCUUCACUGAAUCAUUCAGUGACUGGUGAUCAAACUUUUGGGUUUUUUAACACUUUGUCAUUCCACUGAUAAAUAUGUGCUGAAUAAGUGGUAUAGGUAGGUGUAGCUUAUUUAGCAAAACGGACUUUGAUAUUUCUCACCUCUAGAUGUUCAUCUUGGGUUGUUUUUUUACAGCACCAUAGUGUAAUUGACCUUUGUUUGAUACUAGUUUGAAAGUUUGGAGGCUAUUUCUAAGGCAUCACUAGAGAAAUCGAGUUUCUUCCUUCCCAAGUUGUUUGUUAAUAUUUUAAAUUCCUCUUUUCCCUACAUAACUUUGCUUUUAUAUUUCACAUGCUCAGAUGAUCUUAUCUGAAGCCUGUCAGUGGAAUAUGUAUUGUUUUGAAUUCACUGUGGGGUUUUUUUCCUCUACAUAGCCUUAUUUUUCUCACUGACUCACAGCUGUGGAAUGUUAGAUUUCUAGACCCUUUGUUCCCACUAUGCAUUGUUCAUGAUCGUGGGGUUUGUUUGGUUUUUUUU